AUGUGAUUCCUGCUCUGUUUCACUGUUGUCAUUGCACGGCCAAUGGCGGACAGCGCCCGAGCGUUUAUCUGAAAAACGUAGGUUUCGCGCAAACAUACUCGACUGUCGCUCGGUGAUUUGAAGCGUUCGGAUCGCGCGCGUGUUUUUGGCCCGUCAGCAUGGAUGUGAAUCUGACCAUCUCUCUGAUGCGGGGCCAGAUGGGCGCUGUUAUUGAGAAAGCCGUGAACGUCGCGGUGGAGACCGUGUUAGGAGAGAUGAUCCGGGUGGUCGGGCUCAAAUUCGAGGAGAUUAAACGGGAGAUGACCGCUAAAGAGAAGGAGAACGAGAACAUCAGGAGGAUGCUGGAGACGUCCCGCUGUCAGAUGAAAACUAUGCGCAAGUACAUUAGCGUCCUGUCUGCUAAAGACCCCAACCAUAGACUGUAUCAGGGGGAUGGAGACAUGGCAACGACAUCCACAGGGAUGCACUGCAGAAGAGGGCAGACGAGCAACUCCCCAAACCCCUGUCCCAGACCCAGAGUCUCCGAGCCGGCCCCUGUAGCUGGACCCUCAUGGGUGAGACAGCAGAUGCUCAUGUCCAAAGAAACGUUAAGAAGUGAGAAUCACAUUGCUGAGGUCCAUAUUGAAGAGACUCAUGGAUCAUCGGUGCAUAAAGUGGAGAACUCAAGCUCUCAUCUGGUGGACAGUCAGGCGCUUCUAUCUGAGACCAGUGAUCCGAUCUGGGGUCAGAACCCUCUGGUCUCUGUGGAGACUGGACACACAGACAUGCCGGACAGCAGCGUCCUCUCUGCACCCAUGAUGGCAGAUGAAACCGUGUCAUCCCAAACAACAAGCACAGUGACCUUUGGAGCACCAUCGCUUAAAAUCAAACAGGAGGAGGCGGAGGUUGAGAUAGUCUGUGUGAAGGAUGAACCCGCAGAAGCUGGCAGCAUACCUAGAUUUGAAUAUUCCAACGCUGAUCUUCACCAGCCAGUGGGAGAACCAGAGCUCGGGGUCUCUCUAGAUCUACCCGCGUCAUUUCAAGCUCUCCAGAGUCCAAGCACUUCAGCGGACCUUGCAAUCCCAGCAUUCAUCAGUGUGGACCCAUCUACCUAUGACGACUCUCAGCUGUCGGUGGCAGGGGUCCAAAAGCAGGUGCGUCCCAGACGUAAGGACCUGAAUCUGUAUGAAGAGUAUAAACGCAGCCGGACUCUGAGAGGCCGCAACGCGAGCCGAGGCCGCAGUACAAACCGACGGCGCGAGCUGGAGCAGACUCUACCGCAGGCUCUGCUCGCAGACUUGGUAAGGGAACGAAGGGAAAAGACUCGGCUUCGAGUGGCCCGCUGGCGAGCCAAACGCAAGUUACAAGCCUGUCUGAUGGCCUCGCAGGCCGCGCAGUUUAGCGGCGCCCCGGUGCAGAGUUCGCCCGCCCAGCGCGGCGGCCUGAUCUCCACCCGCAGGCGAGGAGGAGCGAUGGCGCCGCGCGGCGGGCUCGGAAUGAGAAGGGGACUGUCCGAGGCUGGCACAUAUAACCUGCUGCUGCAGCUCGGGCCCAGUUCUGCUCAGUCAGCUGCGGCAUGCGGAAUUAAUGAGGGUCUGAUGGCGCCUGGGCCCUCGGCGCUAUCACAGCACAGAGCCAACGCGCCGAGAUCAACGUAUCAGUGACGAAGCGUUCACCAAGUAAUAAUUUCACCUACACUGAUCCGUGUAAACCUCAUACACAACAAUUGUGCUAUUCAAAAACACACGUUUGCAAACCCAACCAACUGUUUGGUUAUUUAGUAACAUUAAACUGAAAUUCAACUGAGCUGAAUAGCGUAAGCUUAAAGGAAGAAAAGUGUUUUUCGACAAUAUUGUAAAAUCGCUGCACACAGCAGAAACUGAUAUUCGUCCUAGAAAACAGCGGUUUCGGUAGCUCACGUGCUUGAAAUGUUUUUCAUCUGUAUGUUUGACCGCAUUUUUCGGGGUGGAGUUGAAAUACUUAUUUGGUUCGUUCAUUACAAUAUACCUUCACGUUCAUUUUUGUAGCCUGAAUGUUUCAUUGGCACUGUUGGCAGUAACUACGCUGACAUUUGUAUGCCAGUGCUUUCUGAAUGAGCGCGCAUUGCAAAAUUGCUGCGUAAGCUGAUACGUGCGUUUGGUUUUGAGCAGGCAAAUGUGGUUUAACAGAAAAAGCGGUGAAUGCUGCUUAUAGUUUCUGGAAAUUAGUCUCUGUUUUGGUGGCUGAUGUAAUGGUAUGUUUUGGUAUGAAAAGGUAUGGAAUAUUUUUCUGAUAAAAUGCUCAAGAGUAGAGUCACCAUGUCAGUAAUGGGGAAAUCUCCGUAUCAGUUUUGGUUAUAGAUUCAUUUACAGCUAUUAGUUUUGUUUUUUUGUUUGUUAAAACCACAGUGACAGUGCAUAUACGCUAUUGUGACAGUUUCUUCCAUAAUACCACAAUACAAGAGCCUGAGCUUUACGGAUCAAAAGGCACGUUAACAUUUCAGAAAAGUUAUACAUUUCUGACUUAAUAAAGUAUUACCCACGCUACAGUUAAAUUCAGUUUAAUUAGCAUUCUGAGAAAUGACAAGGAAUUUCAAUCAGCUGAGAAUAAAACACUAUCAUUUUUAGAUACACAGUAUGUUUCACAAAGACGGUGAAUAAAUGUUAUUUUAACCCUUUGCAACAAUCACAAAUUUACAUUACAUGGACUCAUUGGGGUUGUGGUUGCUUGUUUUAUGUCACUGUAUUUACACAACUGAUCAUUUUUGAGUUAUUCUGUCUUAAAGUCACUUAACAAUCAUUUAUUUAGUUUGAAAGCUCUACAGUAGAACAAAAGUUCAACGGUUUACAGUAGGUGGGAUGCGAUUUAUAAACAUUAGUUUUUUACAGUUUUCAUGUGCUAUGUUCAGUGUUUUAUGUUGUUUGAAGAUGAAUAAACAUGUAAUGUCGUAAGUAUUACAUUUGUUGGUGUGAAUUAAAUAAAAGAUGCUAAAAUCAA